AUGGGAAAAGGCUUGAAUAUAAACGUGAACCAAAAGGAGAAUAGUAACUUCAACAAUUUCAAGGGUGGUGUAACCAACAAGGGAAAAAGUUCUUAUAGAGAAGGUAUCAUUAUAUGGAAGGCUGAUGGUCAGUUUAGAGAUCCUCCCAACUUUGAACAACAUACUUUGGUUCUAAAUAAGAAGGCAAAGAAGAAGUGUGGUUAUGACUCAAGACUGGUUAAUAAAGCUGGAAGUGGUGGAUUGAAGUAUAGCUACAAGAUUGGAGUAAGAAUAAGAAUGAAGAGAACUCAUGAAGAAGAUCAUGUAGUGAAGGUAAAUGACAUCAUUGAUAAUGAUGUAUGUGCUCAUGAAGAAUCUAUCUAUGUGAAUAAUGGAGUUCGUGCCGAGUUUGUACAAGCUAUUGAAUAUGUUGAUCCUUGUAUACAUAUGCUGAAGAAUAAGGAUUUAGAGUAG